AUGCACAGACGCUCGUCGGGCUCCCCUGUCGAGGACGAAGAUUCCUCGGUCUCCCGAACAGACGAUGGCACCGCCAUCGACGAGAAAACCCGAUCUCAAAUAGCUAGGCGCGGUACCAGCUUUGACCUUCGCCGCGACGGCAGCGCGACACCGCGCUCCCGGAACUCGAGUAUGUGGCGCACUCCGUCCUCCCAACCUUCCAACGAUACCAAACCGAUGCCAUUGGGUUCCCCCCGACUUCCGAUGGAAGCUACCUCCCCCGACGGUCGUCAUGCGCGACAAUCUCGCCAACGAAGUCCAUGGUCUUGUUCAAUUCUGACGGCUUUCACCACCUGCGUUGCUGUCGCGUUCUUGAUCUCCAUUCUCUGCUCGUUCACCGGUCGGCAACAUGGCGGAGAUGGUUGCGGUGUGCCGAUGAUGAGUCCGACGUUUAUUCGUAUGUUGGAGUUCGAUACGGAACAUACUCGCUUUGCAAGCAAAUACAAUCUCUUCCUCUACCGGGAGGAAGGCGUGGAUCCUUACACCCAGGAUAACAUCGGGUUGAACGGCGUGCCAGUUCUGUUUCUACCCGGGAACGCUGGAAGCUAUCGUCAAGUCCGAUCUCUGGCCGCCGAGGCCUCGCGACAUUACUACGAUGUGGUCCGACACGAUGAGAGCCGCCAUGCGGCCGGCACGCGGAGCUUGGACUUUUUCAUGGUGGACUUCAAUGAGGAUAUGGCGGCAUUCCAUGGGCAAACGCUGUUGGAUCAAGCGGAAUACGUGAACGAGGCAAUCUCAUACAUCCUAUCGCUUUACCACGAUCCGCGACGCACCCGCCGCGAUCCAGGGUUACCGGAUCCCAGCGCAGUUAUCCUUAUCGGACAUUCUAUGGGCGGAAUAGUGGCACGAACCUCUCUGACCAUGGCAAAUUACCAAGCCAAUUCGGUCAAUACGAUUAUCACCAUGUCUGCACCUCACGCAAAACCGCCUGUCUCCUUCGAUUCCGAUAUCGUCCAUACCUAUAAACAAAUCAACGACUAUUGGCGCGACGCCUAUUCGCAGACAUGGGCCAACAACAACCCGCUAUGGCAUGUCACUCUCAUCUCCAUCGCGGGCGGUGCGCGUGACACCGUCGUUCCCUCUGACUAUGCCAGUAUCUCCUCUCUCGUUCCCGAGACACACGGAUUUACUGUAUUCACGUCUUCUAUUCCGGAUGUCUGGAUCGGCAUGGAUCAUCUGUCGAUUACUUGGUGCGACCAGUUCCGCAAGGCUAUAAUUAAAUCCUUGUUCGAGAUUGUCGAUGCCCGACGCCCUACUCAAACGAAACCACGGGCAGAACGGAUGCGUGUGCUCAAGCGGUGGUACUUGACGGGUUUAGAGCAAGUGGCCGAGCGUACCCUCCCCCAGAAGGAAGCAAACACCCUUUUGACACUUGAGGAUAACGCCAACACCAUUCUUGCACAGGGCCAACGAUUGGUCCUGCGCGAACUGGGCCUACAGCAUGGCCCCGAUGUUCGUCUUCUGCCAAUUCCUCCCCAGGGCGUUUCUGGUAAAAAGUUCACCCUGCUCACGGACCAAUCGCUUGAUAAGGAUGGCAAUAUUGAGGUCCUCUUCUGUAGCGUGUUCCCGUUAUCCAAUGGCCGUUCAACCAACUUCCCGUUGAAUUUGGAUUUCUCUGGUGGCACUGUGGGCUCAACACGUUUGGCCUGCAAGAGCGCGGCCGAGGACAGUAUUCAUCUGCCUGCCUCGACUCGCUCUUCGAAACAUGCUUACGAUCGUACCCCGCCGUUCGCGUAUCUCCAAUACGACUUGGAGGCUCUCGCAGAACAUCAGUUCGUCGCUGUCGUGGACAAGGCCAAUGUGCCGACUUCAGGCUUCCUUGUCGCCGAAUUUUCGGACAGCUCGGAUGCGAUGAUUCGGGCCAAGGUGGGAUUGGGAGGGCUGCUUAGUGCUGGCCUGAAGAUGCGGCUACCUGCAAUCCGGCCCAUGCUCAUGGAGGUGAAGAUCCCCGCACUGUAUUCGAGUCUGCUCGACUACCGGUUGAAGAUCACUCGCCAUCCUCAGAAGGAGGAGCUGUUCGCUCCAUUGCUCCGGCAAUCUGUCUCUGAUCCUCACGAGUCAAAGUUUUUCGUCAAUGUCAAUGAGGUCAACGUGAACCUGCACGGUGUGGCGCCAUACAUGCCGCCUGCAAUUAGCGAGCAGGCCGCUCUCGGGGGCGUAUCAUUCCACCUGUGGACUGAUCCAACUUCUGACUCGACGGUCGAUAUCUCCCUCCAAGUCGAUCUUUCCAGCAGUCUUGGCGAGUUAGUGAUGCGGUAUCGGACCAUCUUCGCAGCGUUCCCGUUGCUCGUCGUUGCCCUCGUUCUCCGAAAGCAGUUCCAGGUCUACGACGAGUGUGGUUACUUUAUCCCCUUCACUGAUGGCCUUGAUCGUGCAUUGCGGUCUUCCUUCCCGCUGCUGCUGGUGGCUAUGUCUCUGCUGGCCUCCUCCCUGGCUACGUCCAAAGCCCUGCCUCAGACCGACGAAACUCUCCAUUGGCGGUCCAACUCGACCGAAACCCCCGUCGACUUCACCAAGAACGAUCUUCUACUUGGUUCACAAGACGCUUUCUUCUGGUUCUUAGUCCCAGUAUUCGGUCUCAUCAGUGUUGGCGUCUGCGUCCUUGUCAACUACCUUGCCCUCGUCCUCGUGAAUAUCUUUUCCUGGGUCUAUGGGGUCCUACACAGCAAGUCAGGCUAUAUCCGGCGAGAAGACCGGGGGAACCUGCCGAUCUUCCACACCCCCACUCCUCGCCGACGCAUUAUCCACACCGCGAUUCUUUUGGUUCUUGUCUCGACUGUAAUCCCCUACCAGUUUGCCUAUAUGGUUGCCUGCAUUGUGCAGCUAGCCACAUGCGUACGGGCACAAUGGCACGCCAAGGAAACCAGAUCCACCUCGCACCUAAACUUCGACAACUACGCACACUCCAUCUUGAUCCUGAUGUUGUGGAUCCUGCCAAUUAACGUGCUGGUCCUCCUGGUCUGGGCCCAUAAUCUCGUCGUGCACUGGUUUAUGCCGUUCUCAUCCCACCACAACGUCUUAUCUAUCAUGCCCUUCCUCAUCCUCGUCGAGACCAUGACCAGCGGUGCUAUGAUACCGCGCAUCACGACUAGGUUCAGACACGUCACCUCAAUAAUCUUCUUUGCCAUCGCCAUCUACUCAGCGAUUUACGGCGUCUCUUACGCAUAUCUCCUCCACCACCUCGCCAACCUCCUUGCAGCCUGGUUCGUCGGGAUUUACCUAUUCGGCAACAACUUCACACCCCGCCGUUUAUGGCGUAUCAUCGAUGGUGACGAGCUCCCAUCAGAAACGGGGAGUAGCCACGUUAAGAAGAAGCCAUGA